UUUUUAAAAAUUUAAAUGUUUUAAAUUGAUUUAUCUUAAAAGUGUUGAGAUGUAUUGGAAUCGUGCUAACGUAUAUUACGCGCAAUGCAUGCGAAGCCGGGUCAAUUACAGUUCAGUUUCCAAAAUACCUGAACGGGUUAAAGAAAAACCUAUGUUGGAAAAAUCACAAGAAGAAGUGAUGUCUGAUACUGUGAUUAAAACACCUCGUUUAAUGCCAGUGGAGAAGUCCGAAUUUCGUAAGAAUGCUUUGAACAUUCAGAUGUUGUCAGCCAAUUUAUACGAACAACUUUUUAAUGAGCCUCAUUGUACAGAUGAAAAUAUUUUAAAGAUGGCUUUAAAUGAGCUAUCUAAGUAUGAUUUGCCUUCAAAAUUACACAAAGUGUCUGAUGUUGAACUCCAGUUACCUCCAAUAGAAGAAAACAUAAUUAAUCACUUCUAUAAAAUUGGUAAAAUACAAAGUGAACCAUAUUCUGUGUUAAUGGAUGAAUUUUUAAAACUUUCAAUACCACAAAUGCCUAAAGAAUGGGUUUUCAAAGAAGGUUGGACUAGGUAUGGAAAAGAAAUUGAGCCAUGUGACUAUCCCAGGGAAAAAGUAAUUAUUUUUGAUGUAGAAGUAUGUUGUAGAGAAGGCGACUUGCCUACCUUAGCAACUGCUGUGACAUCAGAAGCUUGGUAUAGUUGGGUCAGUAAGGAUUUAAUUAGUUGUAAUACCAGAUCAGGUAGAUAUCUUGGUUAUUCGUGUAAAGAUCUCGUACCAUUAGAGACAUCAAUUAAAUCUAAAGAAAAGUCAUCCCAGUGGAUAAACACUCCCAAGUUGUGUGUAGGCCAUCAUGUUGCUUUUGAUAGAGCUAGGAUUAUGGAGCAAUAUUGGAUGAAUCGUACAGGUCUUAGAUUUAUUGAUACUAUGUCUUUACAUGUUGCUAUUAGUGGUAUUACAAGUUAUCAAAAAACUUUGUUAAAAUCUAAAGAUACCAUUGAAGAUGAUUCUUGGAAACAUUACAGUUCAUUAAAUAGUUUAAAUGAAGUAUAUAAAUUAUAUUGUAAGUCAGAGUUAUCUAAAAGCGAUCGUGAUACAUUUGUUAAAGGUUCAUUGUAUGAUAUUAAUAAUAAUUUUCAGAAUUUGAUGAGUUAUUGUGCAAAUGAUGUUAUAGCCACUACAGAAGUUUUGAAAAAAUUAUGGCCUCUAUUUAUAGAACGCUUUCCUCAUCCUGUUACAUUAGCAGGUAUUUUAGAAUUAGGUACUUCAUAUUUGCCUGUAAAUUCAAAUUGGAAAAGAUAUUUGGACACUUCAAACGAAAUAUAUGAAGACUUGGAUAUUGAAUCUAAAUUUUUACUUUCGCAACAAGCUAAUCAAGCUUGUCAAUUAAUGUAUAAUGGUAACUAUAAAAAAAAUUUAUGGCUUUGGGAUCAAGAUUGGACUUCUAAAGUAUUAAAAUUGAAAAAAGAAAAGAAAAAGAAACCUGUUAUGACUGUUGAAAACAAACCUAUAGAAACUGAAGACAUGUAUGAAAAAAGGUUCUUAAUAUUAGAAGAAAAGUUUUCACCAUUAAUGGCAACUAGGGAACGAAUGCCAGUAAAGACACCACACUUAGCUGGUUAUCCAGAAUGGUAUAGAAAAUUGUGUGCAACUCCUAAAGACAAAAAUUGGGUUCCUGGUCCACUACUAAUUAGCUCUGGUAUGCACCUUGUUCCCAAGUUACUUUUUCUUAUGUGGAAAUCUCUUCCUCUUCAUUAUGUACGAGGACAUGGUUGGGGCCAACUUGUACCAUACAGCACUGAAAUAAAACUUCCGAACGCUGAAUUGGUACCAUUGAAAGAAUUACAGGAUCACUAUAUUAAAAAUAAUGGAUCUUGUGAUUGUAAAAUUAUAAUUAAUAAUACUGAACUUCAUGAAGAGGUACAAACAAAUUUAGUGAAAUAUGAAUGCAUUUUCAAAAAAAAAAAAUUCAGAAACAUACAUAGUAUGCCUUGCAAAGAGAAUUUGUCAACUGAUUGUGGUAUUUUAAAACUUCCACACAAAGAUGGCAAUCAUUUAAAUGUAGGUAAUCCACUUGCACGUGAUUUCUUGAAUAAAUUUUCUCAAAAUGGUUUAUCUGGUAAAGACAGUAAAGCUGAACGUAUUAUUGAAAUAUCACGUAUGCUAUCUUAUUGGAGAAAUAACAGAGAACGUGUAGAAGGUCAAAUGGUUGUUUGGACAAAUAAAUUAGAAGGAUAUGGUGCUAUUAUACCACAAGUUGUAGUAUGUGGAACAUUAACUCGUAGAGCUGUUGAAAGAACAUGGAUGACAGCUGCUAAUGCUAUUGAUGAACGUGUUGGAUCAGAGUUACGGAGCAUGAUUCAAUCACCUCCUGGUUAUUCUUUAGUUGGAGCAGAUGUCGAUUCUCAAGAACUAUGGAUAGCAUCAAUUAUUGGCGAUUCUUUUUACGGUAAAGAACAUGGAGCUACAGCUUUUGGAUGGAUGACCCUUAGUGGAAAAAAAAGUGAUGGCACAGACAUGCAUAGUGCAACUGCCAAAGCCAUUGGUAUCACAAGAGAUAAUGCUAAAGUAUUAAACUAUGCUAGGAUUUAUGGGGCAGGAAAGCCAUUUUCUGAACGUUUAUUGAAGCAAUUUAAUCCAGAUUUGAGUCCUGCACAAGCAAAACAAAAAGCAGUAGCUAUGUUUAACAUGACAAAAGGAAAUAGAAUUUAUAAGCUACUUGAUUCUGUUUUACCAGAGAUCAAAAAAAGAGAACACUCACGGAUUGGUGCUCAAGAAUUAUGUGCUAUAUACAAUAUGAAUGUUGAGGAAUUAUUUGAAAAACCAGCUUGGAGUGGAGGUUCAGAAUCAGCUAUGUUUAACAGCCUAGAACAAAUUGCAUGUUCAAAAAAACCUAGAACACCAUUUUUAGAAUCUAGACUCAGUCGUGCUUUAGAAAUGAAUGGAGUUGAUGUUGAUAAGUAUAUACCAACCAGAAUAAAUUGGGUAGUUCAAAGUGGGGCUGUAGAUUUCCUACAUUUAAUGCUAGUCUGCAUGCGCUGGUUAAUUCAUCCAAAUGUUCGGUUUUGCCUAAGUUUCCAUGAUGAAAUACGUUAUUUAGUACCAAAUGAACACCGUUAUCAGACUGCAUUAGCUUUACAUGUUACAAAUUUACUCGUCAGAGCUUUUUGUGUUAAAAAAUUAGGUAUGACUGAUUUACCUCAGUCUGUAGCAUUUUUCAGUUCAGUUGAAGUAGAUACUGCACUUAGAAAAGAUGCACUAAAUGAUUGUAUUACACCAUCUAACCCACAUGGUUUGUCAAAAGGUUAUGGAGUACCACUUGGAGAAUCAUUGGACAUUUUAAAAGCCAUAGAAUUAUCUGGUGGAAAUAUUGGUGUAUUCAAGAAGAAAAAAAAAAAGAACUGAUUUACUAAAGACUGAACAAAAUUCAAAUAUAAUAAAUUUAUAUUAACUGUAC